AUGGGUCGGUCCAGUUCCAAACUGCUGGAAAUACCCAACAAUCCUCUGGAGGAGUUGCAAUUAGAGGAGCGUAAGCGUGAGCAACGCAAACGCAAACAAGAAAAGCAACUAAAAAAAAUCGCCAAAUUACAAAAGAAACAAGCGAAGAAGACAAAGCGCAAAAGCAAACAGAGCAAGGACGCCGAAAAGCAGACUUCAAUUACGACGAAACACGCAAGUGGCGUUACGAAGCGCACGAAUAGUCUGAAUUCGCAGAGUACUAGCUAUGAAAUCAAUAAAGAGGAGCUCAAUCGACAAAUCGAGCAACAAAUACAAAAUCAUUUGGAUAGUGAUCUCUGCACGUUCAUCAUGAAUCAGGUGGCGUUGACGUUGCAGUUUUUCGGGAACUACGAGAAUGAAUUGGCAAACAUUUCUGAGGAAUUGUUGCAAAGAGAAGAUUUGAAUCAAUCUCGAGGAGCAUUCCAUACUCUUAUCAACGCAUUGGAUGCUGCUGUCUCCAAGUGGAUGCAAUAUAAGCCAGUCCACGGUCGAAAACACAAUUCUCAACCGCUCCAGCCGCUGGCAAUGUAUGUGAUAUUCGAAAAUAUCGAUAUAGCGCGACCGAACGAUGCGAAUUACGAUUCAAUUUCACCACUUUGCAAAGUUGAUUUAGACACAGAUUUUAUAUACAACGCCUGUAACGAGGACUACGUAGAAAUGCUACGUGAGACGAAAUGGAAAGGCUAUGUACGGCUGAAAUUACGCGAAGAACCAAAAACCCAACGCAUUGGGGCUACCGAUGGCGAUGUGUAUACGGACGGCAGUUCGGGUUAUAGCACGACGAGUGCCUACAGUCUAAAAGUCAAGCAAUCACCAGAAUCUGUUUAUGACUACACCUACAUAGCGCAUUUGAAUACACAUCAUCCGUUGUCUGAGCUAAAGAUGCAAAGCCGUGGUAACUACAAAUUGAAUGCCAAAGUCUUGCCGGACUCAUGUGUGUCCAAUUUGAGACAGUUCGUUGAACCGUUAAAUGCUGAAGACAGCGAUGACGAUGAUGACGAUGAAGAAGAAACUGAGUCAGAGUCCAAUGAUGAAGACAGCGCUGAUGAAGGUUACAACGUCGUGCAAAGGAGAGUGUAUGAGAAGACACGCUACCGAGAUGUCGAGACAUUGGAGGCCAUACGUUUAUAUAAGUUGGAGCAGGAACGACGUCAGGUUCUGAUGCAGCAAUGUUAUCUUAACUCCAAAGAAUUUAUGCGUUAUUUUGGUGAGUUGGUACGUCAACAGCUUGCCGAUCGCUUACAAAUAUUUCCCGAAGAAUUGGACGAGGGCACAUAUCGCGGUUCAUCGAUCUACACAAAAUACUUUGAACUCAUACCCGCUAUUUAUGUGGCGCAUAAUGCACAACACUGGCCCGACUGUGCCUUUCAAUUUCGCAUACGUGAGCGACCCGUCUCUAUUAAUCCACUAACUGGACAGCAAUUUCAAUGGCCAACGCGUUCGAUGAUCAGGCGUAUCGAAACAUUUGGCUUUCAUGUCAUACCCAUUGGUUAUGCGCCCAAACGACAACGGAACCCAUUUCGUGAGCUCGAAUGGCGUAUUGUUUUUCCGAAAGCCGAACGCUACUUGGAGCAACAUUUGACGAGUACACAGGUCAAGGUAUUCAUGAUGACCAAGGCUUUGGUGAAGACUUUUGUCGAACCACAAGAGAAACAUAAGGCGCUCUCGUUUAUAAUGGAACAUCUGCGUAUGCAUCUCUUCUGGGAAUGCGAGCGUAAUUACACUGGCUGGCCGGAGGAGUACCUGGGUGAGGUGCUAUUGCGUUUCAUCAGCACAUUUAUGCAGCGAUUGCGCGAAAAGUGUUUGAAGGACUUCUUUAUUGAAGAACGUAAUCUCUUCGAGAGCAUACCAGAAUACUCUUUGGUCAUGUUAUUCUCAAUACUAACAGAUAUUGUCGCAAAUCCUUUGAUGCAUCUAAUGGUGGCGCUUAAAAAUUUACAAUUUGAAGAGCAUUUCUUUCCAAAAUUGAAUUUUAAGAAGAUAUUUGAAAAUCUCUCCGAAAAUAAUAUGUUGAAAUUGAAAAUACAAGCUAAAAAUUCGCGGAGUCUAGUCGGUUUAGAUGCGGCAGAGGAUGAACCGAUACUCUUACAAGAUGAAGGUGCAAAGGGUUUGGUCGGCAUGAAGCAACAUCGCGAAAAGACUAACGGUAAAUUAAGAAGGAAAACUCAUGUGAUGCGACACAAUAUUGAAAUGAAGAAGAAGCAAGAAUAUGAACGGCGACGCUUGUCAGAGGAGUCCAUAGACAUUGAGUUUUUCUUUCGACGCAAUAUAAAAAACUCCCAUUUGAAGCACCUCAAUCAGGGUGUUGAAAAUUUACGACGCACAAAUAUACUCGAAAUAAUCAUUGACCAUCUAAUAGCGAUGACCGAAAAGGCAAUGGAGUUUCGUGUUUUAUAUUUGGCUAAAACGUUUUUGAUACACGCGAGGCGACUCUGCAAAUUCUACCACAACUAUGGUUGCGAUAUGAGUGCUAGAGAGUACCUCACCACCAUCGGUAGUAUAGAGGAGGAGAUUUCUGGCUUACAGAUGAACGAAGAUUUUACAAAUUUACCGCCAACUUUGCCGAUACGCACAAGUACCAAAGAAGUCUUCGAGCAUUUAGAGAGCGUGCGUCGUACCGUAAGAGUGGACAUUGAAGUAACGCACUGUAAAAGAGAAAACUCUCCAGUAACUGUUAAUAGAAAAAAUAAUAGAAAAUCAGUAGAGCAAAGCGUUGAGCAGGCGCACUCGUAUAAUGAAAAUCUCGAGUUAAUAGAUAGCCUUACACCCAAUUUAGGUCGACGUAAGUCUAUUAAGUUUACCGGAAAUGUCGUUGAAGUACAUGAAGGAGACACAAAUCCGAUACAAAAGCCUGAGGGUCAGAGCUUGGUUAGUAUUUUGCGCUUCAAUCCUGAUGUAACGGAAAUAAAUGAUGCAAUUACAAUUGCUGAAAGAGACAAACGGGACGUCUCUUAUGAGAGCUAUGAAUCGUUUGAUAACUAUGGUUUCGAUGAUGAUGUUGAUGAGAACAGUCGUAAUGAUGCCUUUGUGAGUAGUAAAGAAAUCAAUAAAUCACAAGCGGAAGGGGAAGGAGAAGGAGCAGAGACAACUGAUAGCCCGUGCGCCUCUGCAGUAAAGAUGCCCUCUGAUGAAAGAAUACUCGGCGGUUUUAGUAAAAGAGUCGGCAUGCUGCGUAAUCUAACUCGCGGCCAUUCGCAAGUCAUUAAAGAUAUUACAGCGUCAACGGAAAAGCUAUUCAUUUCGAUGGCCUCGGAAGAAACGCGUUUACAGUUAAAAGAAGUGAUAAAACGGAAAACAUUUCAGCUGAAAGGUGCAUUCAAUCAGUGCUCGGAGUCUUGAUAGUGAUUUAAGUAAUUUUUAAUAGGCUAUGUACAUAUACUACAUAUUAUAUAUGGAAUGAAGAAGACCAAGGUAGUAUUAUAAGUUUAAAAAUAGA